CGUGUAAACAUCCCUUCUCCUUUCACGACUCUUUCAUUGUUGGCUCUCCGUGCACGCGCGUUCAAUUACUCGCAAACACUGCAUUAGAAUUAAUUCGCGGAAUAUAGCUUUUACCAAGACAUAUUGAGCCAAACUGAUCUUUUUGGUAUUUAUAUAUUCAGAAUUUAUUUAUUCAUUUAUCACUAUCUAAUUUUUAUAUUCACGCGCUUCUCUUGAUCAUCCAGAUCGCGAACACGUUUUUAAGUGGUUGUAAUUGAUUUGAAAUGGAAGAAAGAUGUCGUCCAAUGUUGCUGUGCAGUGUUCUCGCUCUUCUGUGCGCGCUGGUGUCCUCCGCCCUGGACAGACAGUAUCUGAACGAAUGGGCGGUGGAGAUUCCAGGAGGAGCCGUCGCUGCCCAGGCCAUUGCCGACGACCUGGGCUACAAAUUAGUCCGACAGAUUGGGACACUGGAAAACCAUUAUUUAUUCAAGCGAUACAAUCACCCUAGCAGGACCAAAAGAAGUGCAAAUCAUAUCACCAAACGUCUGUCGGAGGAUGACAGGGUGUCUUGGGCCGAACAGCAGUAUGAGAAACGAAGGGCCAAGCGUGCUCCUCUGGGGCCAGAAUGUAAGGACUGCUCUGUGGACAAACUCUUCGACGAUCCUAUGUGGAACCAGCAGUGGUACCUGCAAGACACGCGGACGUCUCAAUCCCUCCCCAAACUGGACCUGCAUGUGAUCCCGGUAUGGAAGAAGGGCAUCACAGGCAAAGGCGUGGUUAUAACCGUGCUGGACGAUGGCCUGGAGUGGAACCACACCGACAUAUUCCCCAACUACGAUCCUGCUGCUAGCUAUGACUUUAAUGACAAUGAUCCAGACCCCUUCCCCAGAUAUGACUCCACCAAUGAGAACAAGCAUGGCACCAGAUGUGCUGGCGAGAUUGCAAUGCAAGCAGACAACAACAAAUGUGGCGUCGGGGUGGCCUACAACUCAAAAGUGGGAGGAAUACGAAUGUUGGAUGGCAUUGUGACAGAUGCCAUUGAAGCCAGUUCUAUAGGCUUUAACCCCGACCACGUGGACAUCUACAGUGCCAGCUGGGGCCCUAAUGAUGACGGGAAGACUGUAGAGGGGCCCGGCCGUCUGGCCCAGAAAGCUUUUGAGUACGGUAUCCAGAAGGGACGUGGUGGGAAGGGCUCCAUUUUUGUGUGGGCAUCGGGUAACGGUGGGCGUCAGGGCGAUAACUGCGAUUGUGAUGGAUACACAGACAGUAUCUACACCAUCUCCAUCAGCAGCGCCUCCCAGCAGGGUCUCUCUCCAUGGUACGCUGAGAAAUGCUCCUCUACGCUGGCCACAGCCUACAGUAGCGGAGACUACACUGACCAAAGAAUAACUAGUGCCGAUUUGCACAAUGAAUGCACAGAGACACACACUGGAACGUCUGCAUCUGCCCCAUUGGCUGCUGGGAUAUUUGCACUGGCUUUAGAGCAAAACCCUGAUCUGACCUGGCGAGACCUUCAGCACUUGGUGGUUUGGACGUCUGAGUUCGACCCCCUAGCCAGUAACCCGGGCUGGAAAAGGAAUGGAGCUGGAUUAAUGGUCAACAGUCGUUUCGGCUUUGGCCUGCUGAAUGCCAAAGCCCUGGUGGACCUGGCUGAUCCCAAAGUCUGGAAGCAUGUUCCGGAGAAAAAACAAUGCAUCGUUAGAGAUGAGAGCUUUCAACCAAGACCAUUAAAAGCUGCAGGUGAGAUUUCCAUUGAGAUCCCCACUAAGGCAUGUGCAGGACAGGCCAAUUCCAUCGCAUCUUUGGAGCACGUACAGGUGGAGGUGAGCAUCGAGUACACACGGAGAGGAGACCUCCACAUCACCCUAACAUCUCCAUCAGGUACCACCACAGUCCUUUUGGCAGAGAGAGAGAGGGACACAUCAUCCAAUGGUUUCCGGAACUGGGCCUUUAUGUCCGUGCACACCUGGGGAGAGAACCCCACUGGCACAUGGAUCCUGAAGAUUACAGAUAUGUCAGGACGAAUGGAGAACGAGGGUCAGAUUAUCAGCUGGAAGUUGAUUUUGCACGGCACGUCUGAGAAGCCAGAGCACAUGAAGAAGGAUAAGGUGUACACCCCGUACAACGCCGUGCAAAACGAUCGCAGAGGGGUGGAGCCCGUGGAAGACAUGAUCAAGGAAGCUCCCACCCCAUCUCACAAACCUGAAAAUUCAAGUCUAGUAGCCCUAGACUCGCUCCCUUCCACUGCUUCCUUCGGUGUUCCAGAGGGAAAUCAGGCGGCUGGCCCCUCCACCACCAGUCUGGCCCUGCUGCGCCUCCUCCAGUCUGCUUUCAACAGGCAGACCCCUGCGAUUCCUGCCCACAUACUGGCUGCAUCUCCCAAAGUCUUGCAACAUGAAAGGAUCCCUCCUCAGAAGCUGUAUCAGGCCCUUGACCAGCUAAAUCAAUACAGGGGCUCCGAGAACGGCCUGCUCAGUGACUACAGCGACAGCUUCUACAGAGUACAGCCAUACAGGCACAGAGAUGACCGGCUGCUGCAGGCACUGUUUGAUAUGCUCGGAGACGACCAGCAGUGAGACGAGAGGAGGGAGAACAGCAAGAGGGAACAGUUCACCCCAAAAUAAAUAUUGUCAUAAUUUCCUCAACCUUAUGUUGUUCCAAAUCUGCAUGAAUUUCUUUCUCUCAUGUAUAACAAAAGUAGAGUUUAGGCGGAAUGUUAUUCUCAGUCACCAUUCACUUUACUUUCAUUGUAUCUUUUUAUUUUCCAUAAAAUGAAAGUAUGAGGUAAUUAAGGUCGUCAGUCCUUAACAUUCUGUCAAACAUCAUACAGGUCUGAAUAACAUAGGUGAGUUAAUGAUGAUGGACUUUUUUUAUUUUUAAGUGAACUAUAAUUUUAAGAGGAAGACAAAGAAACCUAAGGGGACUAGAGUUGAGGGGGGUGAAGUGAUGGGGCACAGAGAGGAGUGUGUUAUCUUCCAGACAAGCUUGUUCUCAUCUGCACAUGUAGUUAUCAACUAUAAGCAUUCUAAGGCCUG